AAGGUUAUAUGCCAUUGUAGGUGUGCAGCGCGGGCUAACCUAUACUCCUCGAACGAUGUCAAUUUAAAGGGCGACGAUCUUGCAAAAGUAACAUGUCAACGUACGAAUGCAUUUAUCCGAUUGACAGACAUUGACACACGUUAUCGCGAAAAUGUUCGCCGAUCCGUUGUCGCAAUUCGCAGCACAAACUUGAUAUCUAUUUUGAGUGGUUAACGCGAUGCGUUAAUCGUUUAUUUAUAACAUCGCUGUGCCGCUUUUCCAGUUGUCGUUUACGAAGUCUACGUAUUGUCGCAUUUUAAAAUGCGUUAAAUUUUAUUAUUGAGAUUUCUUUUUCUUUUGUCGUGGACAAAUUAUGGACGAGGUUUACUUUCACUUUUCGAAUCAGCUCGAAACAUUACAGAAAUCUCAAUAUACUACAAAAAAAAAAUUUGGGGGAAGGUUCAAGCAUCCGUAGCAGUUCAACAGGCACAGCAAUCGUGUAUGACAUGGCUAGCUCAGUUGCAUCAGUUUAUCCUGCAGCUUUGUGACGAGCAAUACACGCAGCAUGCCAAAGACAUUGUGCUACGUAUGGCUACUUCUGUACAAAGAGGCUGGCAAGAAAUCCAAUUUCAAUAUUACAAUGCUCAAUGGAAUACAGUAGAUUUUUAUCGCCAAUUAGGAACCAUGUGGGCUAAUAAAGAUUUGUUUAUGUUCUAUUCAGUAUCAAGAAGAGAAGCAAUAUAUUGCUUAACAGGCAUAGCAAUUGGAACUGUAAUAGGCUAUUAUAUUGGUGUCAAUUGGAAAUCCUCUUCUUAUCACAUGCAUCAUAUAAAAGCUAUAGCUUGCCAUCAUUAUUAUGGUAUCGAGGGUGUGUUCAUGAUAGAUGAUAUGGAAAUGCCAACAAUAAAAAAAUCGAACGACUUAUUAAUACAAGUUAAAGCCGCUUCACUUAAUGUUAUCGAUACAAAGAUAUGUUCUGGUUACUCUAGGAUUUAUAGAAGAUUGCUUAAUUCAGGGAAAGAACUACCUGUAACUUUAGGAAGAGAUUGCGCAGGAGUGAUAGUUGACAUUGGACAGGGCGUUACCAACUUUGAUAUUGGAGAUGAAGUAUUCUUAGCUGUACCAUCGUGGGCUUCUGGCACGAUGGCGGAAUAUAUAAUCGUUCCAGAAACGCAAGUAGCAAGACGGCCUAAAUCUUGUAGCUUCGAAGCAUCUGCCAGCUUACCAUACAAUGGUUGCUUGGCAUGGGAUGCUCUAGUUAAUAGAUCUGUUAUUAAAGAAGGCAAUGCCAAAGGAAAGAGAGUUCUCAUUUAUGGUGGAAGCACUCCAAUCGGUUGUAUUUUAACGCAAUUGAUUAAGUUAUGGGGCGGAUAUGUAGUGACCACAUGCAGAAUAGAUGCAUAUCUAUUCCUAGAACCUGUAAUGAAAGCGUUAGGUGCCGAUGAAGUUAUAAUAGUAAACGAAACCGAUAUUGAGAAAGAAUUACAAUUGCAUGAUAAAUACGAUGCAAUUUUUUAUACCGAUAAUCAACCCUUUCAAGAACAUAUUUUAAAGAGAUUCUUACUGCCACAUGGUUCCUAUGUAUCUACUGUUCCCGAACAAUUAAGAUCGGAUUCGUUGGGAUUUAUUUGUGGAAGUAUAUUUGCUGGAUGUGUUAGGGUAAAAUUAUUAGUUCAGUACAUGUUCGGAUUCAACAUGCAUCAGUGGAAGGAGGGCGCAAAAUUAAAUGUUGCAUAUUUACGAGCUUUAUGCGAGUUGACUGAUGCGAAUCAAUUGCAAACAGUUGUAGAUAAAGUGUAUGCACCAUACAAUAUUGAGCGAGCAUUGCUCCAUGUUUUAGACCCAAAUUCUAUCGGUAGUACGAUUAUUACGUUUCAGUGACAUUUCAUUGGCAUCAGAAAAAAAAUUUAUUCCAUGAUUACCUCUUUUGUAUAUAUAAGUAUAUAAUUUUGGUGUAUAAACCAUCAAACAUUAUUAAUGGACAUUUACAUUAUUGCAAGUUGAAAAUGGUAGUCAUAAAACUUGGUGCUAAAAUAAAGACUGACAACAUAAUACAAUUAAUAAACCAGAAUAUAAAAUGUUAAUAUAUACUUUACAUUUUUCUAAAUUCUUCCUAAAUCAAGUUAUGUCAACGAAAAA